AUGGCGAAAGAGCCGAUAUCGGCCGGCAAGACCAGCUCGGCCAAACUUGUCGUUUUGGCGCUCCCUCUGGCCGGACUGCAAGCCUUUUUUGCCAUCCUGACGUCCUAUGGCACGCCGUAUCUGCAAACCCUCGGCGUUAGCAAAACCGCGGCGGGGCUGCUCUGGCUCUCCGGGCCACUAUUCGGCACCCUGCUGCAGCCGUGCGUUGGCCUCUGGAGCGAUGCGAGUCGGACGCGCUGGGGCCGGCGCAAGCCGUUCAUGGUUGUCGGCGCCUUCGGCUGUGCUCUGUCGCUGAUGGCGCUCGUGCAUGCCGACACGUUAUCGGUAUGGCUCACCAACAGCACAGGCAGGGCCGGGGCCGGUACUAGAACCGUCGCCCUGCUCGCCCUGUCCUUCCUCAACGCCUCGAUCCAGCCGCUGCAGGGGGCGUCGCGCGCCUUUUUAUUCGACAACACCUGCCCCAGCCGCCAGUCGGUUGCUGCGGCCUGGGCGUCGAGGGCGACCAGCUUCGUCAACAUUUUGUUUUACUUUGUCGGAAACGUGGACCUGCCCCGUCUCCUGCCUUUCCUUGGUAAUACUCAAGCGAAGGUCCUGGCUUUGCUGGCUGUGGCUGUCAACUUUGUCACCUUGGUCGUUGCAUGCGUCGCUGUUAGCGAGCCUCCGAGUCCGGCCCUGGAUGACCGGCCGGGCAAACGCCUCGCAGACGUAGUGCGGGACCUGGUCGACACGGCUCGAAAUUUGCCUUGGCGGAUCAAAGAGGUUAUGGUGGUCCAGGCCUUGUCUUGGGUCGGCUGGACACCCUUUCUCUUUUAUAUGUCCAUGUGGGUGUGCAUAUAUCGAUCGGGCCAUAUGGAAGAAAAGCUGCUAACAAGAGAUGAGGCAGCCACAUCAGCGAGAUAUGUGAGGAUCCGGAAUAUCGUACGCUCCUUUGGAAAUCCUCCGUUUGCUGACAUAACUCCAGAUAUCGAACAGGAGCGCGCCCGGCUUCCCUCGUCACCCAUUCCAAGCCCGUCGGACAAAGAAGCAUUUGCGCAACUGACGGCAGCAAGUCACCGGAAGGCGUCGCUGGGCUUCCUCCUCUUUGCGCUGAGCACGGCCAGCUGGGUGCUGCUGCUGCCGCGACUGACGAGGCGGCUCAGCAAGGCUCAAUCUGCACGUCAGGCGGGCUGCCCCCGCGCGGGUCCCGCCGAGGCGGUAUUGCUGUCCCGCGUCUGGCUGGGGUCCCAGCUUUUGUUCUCGGUGUGCAUGGUUUGUUUCGUUCUCGCCUCGACUCAUCUGUUCGCACUGGCCCUGAUGGCGCUGGUCGGGUGUCCCUGGGCUGUGACGGUGUGGGUCCCAUUCGCGCUGAUCGGCAUGGACCUCAAGAGUGAAGCGAACGAACACAGCUGUUGGGCCGCCGGAUCUGACGUGAAUCGUGGCCUGGAGCGGCACGGGCUGCUCGAGGACGAGAAUGGAGCGGAGAUUGGCUAUAACAGCUCGAGUGAAGAUGAUGAGGACGCUGUCCCUUCGGGUGCUCGUGCGCAUGGCGGCGACACUUCUCGGGACCGUGGUGGCGCUGUGUUUGGGCUCCACAACAUUGCCAUGGCGGCGCCGCAGAUCCUAGGCAUCGCCGCUUGCAGCUUUGUGUUCGGCAUGCUUGUUCCGCUCGACGAGGCGAAUUCGGGUCCGGUCUUUGCUAUCGGCGUCGUGUCUGGAAUCCUAGCCGCUGGGCAGUUGCUGCGAGGAGGACUGUGCAAAGCAUCGACGGAGAUAUGUGCCUCUUAG